GUUUAGUCAGCUUGAUCAAUAAAGUUGUUGACACGUGACUUCUUUAGAUUGGUUACUUUGGCUUCCUUCUUCCUCCCGACUCAGCAAAACUCACCACUACCGGUCAAGCGUUCUGAAGCGGAAACCUCGCAGUCAACAACAUCGGAAUUCACCGGAGAUCAUCUCAACGGUAGGUUUGUGGAAAAACAAAAUCACAAAGCAACACCAUGAACCCUGAGAACCAUCAGACUAGUACUCAUUCGAAAGUGAUCUCCCAUGUGUUCUCCACUGGUACUGCCAAGCAAGGCUGUGCUGGGCCACCCAUCGGUCUUGUCGAUAUUGGUGUGAGCGAAAUUGCCUACCUCUUCAGAGUCUCUCUCCCAGGCAUUGAGAAAAAUCAAAAUAAGAUCAAAUGUGAGAUCCAGAGGGAGGGAAGAGUAUGCAUCCAAGGAGUGGUACCUGAGAUUGCUAUUCCAAGUGAGUCAGGAUGCUUGUACAGAAUGCAAGUGCAGCAGCUCUGCCCUCCAGGUCCAUUUUCGAUCACGUUUAAUCUUCCGGGACAAGUGGAUCCUCGCUUGUUUUCUCCAAAGCUUAGACCUGAUGGGAUCCUUGAAGUUGUUGUCGUCAAGCUCGGAGUACGCAUCCCAACUUCAUAAUUCCGGUUUUCAUUAACUAGGAUCUGCUCAAGUGUUUUGUGUAAAGACAAUGAUCCGAUUUCUUGAGACUGAGACAAAAAAAAAAGUUAGAUGUGAAAAUGGUAUUGUUUUGAGCAAGUUGA